ACCCUGCUCUGCUGACAGCAAGCAAAACUAAUUUCUGUGCCACAACAAUUUAUCUUUAUUUCGUGUGUAUUUAUUUCUGCAGAUUUGGAUUAGUAACUAACUAUUACAACAGUAGUAAUCAGUAAUCUGUAACCAUGGCUUUAGUUGCAUACGGAAACAGUGACUCAAGUGAUUAUGAAGACGAAGGCGAUUGCGAAGAUGCGCCAGUCGUAUUGUUAAACAACAAACCUGAAAGUAAACACGUUCCAGGGCCAGUCCUCACAAAGCCUGCACCAAUAAAUGAAGAGAAAGUCGAAGACUCACAAGAGGAUGGUCCAAGUUUGUUUAAUUUCUUACCACAGCCCUCCAAAAAGAAGCCAGCAGUUAUUGAAGAAGAUGAUGAGUUUCUACACAAGAAAGAAGUAGCCAAUGCUCCGAAACCUAAAGCUAGGAUCACAGUACCUUCAUUAAAUGAUUUUAAAGAUGUUAAAAACAGCACACCAAUGGUUAAGCCUAAACCGUCUGAUAAAAAAUCAGGCUUACUAAGCAUGUUACCACAACCAAGAAAUGGAGUGAAAGCCACAACAAAAUCUUUAAUUCCUCAUGUACUCACUAAACAACCGGCUCCUGUCAAAAAAGAACCUUUACCCACGCCCAUAAAGAAAGCUAAAGUAGAAGCCACAUCACUUAUUAACGAAUACUCGGACGAUAGUGACAAUGAUGAUGUACAAAAUGACUUCUUCUCAAUACACAAGCCUGUGGAGUUACCGGAAGUAGAACUACCCUUAGAUAUAACACCUAAGACAGAGCCUGUAGAUAAACGUGAAGGUAUUGAUAAAUUCUUCAAGAAGGAAGAAGAUUUGGAACAUGUGAAGUUGGAACCAGAUUAUGAUGAACAAAGUAUGGAUGGGCAAGCAGCAGCUGGGUCAAGUUAUGAUGGUUAUGCAGCUGAGAGUUCUAACAAUGAUGUGGAACUUGAUGAAGAAGCUAUCAUGAAACUAUGCGGCGCCAGAGGCAAGCGGAAACGUGAGGACAUCCAAAUUGUGGAUGUGAACCAAGCUGAGGUGCUGGCCAAUGCUCGGGAGAUGUUGAUGAAAGGUCUUAUGGAUGACACCACAAAGCGUGUGUCGGCUAGCAAGAAGAAAGGCAAUGAGCCCACCACACAACAGAGGAGGAAACACCAGAUCACGUAUUUGGCUUAUCAGGCCAAAGCAAAUGAAGCAGAACUCCAGAACCAAUGGGCCAACAACAGAAUGUCAAAAAGACAAACUCAAGCCAAGUAUGGUUUCUAGCACAAAGCUCUGUUUAAUUUUAAGAUUUGUUGUAAAUAGUAAUCAAACUUUUGCAAUUAAAUAAUAAAUACUUUGUAAGUUUAA